UUACGCACAUUUCAUUUUGAAAAUUUAGUUUAGGCCAGCCAGUUGCUUUGGCUUUUGAAAGUUUGCUACAUUUUCAAACUUAGCUUUAUAGUUUUAAGCAUGGACAAUGACGACGGGUAUGGCUAUGCUGAUAUGGAAGAUGUGGAGGAAAACGUAGAGGGAGAUUUAGAUGAUGACGAGCCCUACGAUGAUGCAGGAGAUGCACAGGACGAGGCCGAAGAUAUCGAGGUUUUGCCAGCAACAGAAGAUACGCAGCAACGCCAAAAGAAAAGAACCACAACUCCAUAUCUAACAAAAUACGAAAGAGCCCGUAUUUUAGGUACCAGGGCUUUGCAAAUUAGUAUGAAUUCGCCAGUAAUGGUUGAACUAGAUGGCGAGACAGACCCUUUGCAGAUAGCAACAAAGGAGUUAAAAGCAAGAAAGCUACCAAUAUUAAUCCGAAGAUAUCUACCCGAUGGAAGUUAUGAAGACUGGGCCAUUGACGAGUUAAUCAUCGAGUGAUGUGCUAAAUUUGUCACUGAGGGAAAACUGUAUAGCUGUAACAGGAUUUUCAGGCAAUCUGAACUUGUUGGCGGUUUAACACAUGAACAGGAGGAUACAUCUGGAUCAAAUCUUAAAUUACCCUCUAAUAUGAACAGGUCCUAAAAAAGCUAAUUACAAAAACAUUCUAGUUUUAAUAAGUGUUACUCUAGAACUUUCUGGUCUUGAAUACACUGUUGCUUAGAAUACACUUCAAACUUCAUUAUGAAAGUAAGGUGUUACUACACAUACAUGUAUAUACAAAGCAAUAUAAUCAUCUAACUGUUGUUACAAUUGUUUCUGUAAAGAUUUCCAACAUACAUGUACCUUUUAAAAGAAAAUUUGCCUGGAUCCUAAUCCACAAAAAGUGGAAGUCACUUACAGUAGAAUCCCGUUAUAACAUACUCGGUUAUUACGUACUUUCGGAUAUAACAUACUGGUGUGCUUGAUCUCGAAAAAAGGUGUGCUUGGUUUUAAUCAAUUUUAACUUACCCUCUUUACAACAUACUUCAGAUAUAACGUUCUUAAUACGCUGGUCCCUUAAAGUACGUUAUAACUGGAUUAUACUGUAUAUUCCAAAUAACUUCUUCACAUUGCAGGGUUGUCAGAGCUAGAGGACUGGGGCUGGAGCCCCCCCCCCAAAAAAAUUGUCAAAUUGUAAUAUAUUUGUGUGAAUAAAGGAAAGGCCUCAAUAGCAGGCUGUGUGCCAGACUCUAAUGAAUUCUUGCAUCAAAAAAUCAAUUACAACAAGGUAAAUAAGGAACACAGCAAUGUGUCAAGAAUAAACAACAACAAACACAUAAAUGAGAAGGAAUAUAAUGGCCAACAUCCUUUCCUCCAUUAUGAGUUUUGUUCUGACAGCACUGCAUUAUACUAUUUUCCAUGUCAAAGAAAAUUUUGUUUUGCACACUUAUUAGUUGUUACAAACAUAGCAAGAUCUUAGAAAGAACAAAUUCUGCUCAAAUCAAUUGCUGAUCGCAGAUAUAUUUAAAUAGUUUUGA